AUGAACUGCAGUCAGGCUCCAGGCUUUGUCCUUUUAGGACUUUCCAGAGACCGAGAGAAAUGGCUGCCCCUCUUUAGCAUCUUCCUAGCUCUCUACUUGCUGGGCCUCCUGGGGAACCUGCUACUUCUGUUAGCUAUUGGUGCCAAUGCUCACCUUCACACCUCUAUGUAUGUCUUCCUCAGUCAGCUCUCCCUUGUGGAUCUCUGUUUCAUUAGUACUACAACCCCGAAAAUGCUGGAGGUUUUGUGGACUGGCGAUGGAUCGAUCUCGUUCUCGGGAUGUCUGACUCAGUUGUACUUCUUUGCUGUUUUUGCAGACAUGGAUAACCUACUUCUGGCAGUCAUGGCUAUUGACCGCUAUGCUGCUAUCUGCCACCCACUGCACUACCCACUCCUAAUGACGUCUUGCAGAUGUGGGGUUCUGGCUGCUGGGUCGUGGGGAGUAGCUCAUUGUGUGUCUCUGGCCCAUACAUUGCUGCUCUCCCAGCUAUCUUUUCAUAACAACCAAGAGAUUCCUCAUUUUUUCUGUGAUUUUGGUCCUCUCUUACAGCUUUCUUGCUCCAGUACCCACCUCAAUGAGACCUUGAUGAUGACUUUGGCUGGCGUCUUAGGACUCAGUGCACUUCUCUGCAUUAUAAGUUCUUAUGGUUGUAUUUUCUUUGCUGUGGCUAGGGUGCCCUCAGCACAGGGAAAAAGGAAGGCCCUGGCCACAUGCAGUUCUCACCUCUCUAUGGUCUUCCUCUUCUACAGCACAGUUUUUGCCACAUACCUGAAGCCUCCAUCUGAUUCUCACUCAUCCAGGGCGGUGGUUGCUGCUGUCAUGUAUACCCUGGUAACUCCCACCCUGAAUCCCUUCAUUUAUAGUCUGAGAAAUAAGGAUGUUAAGAGUUCAUUGAGAAAGAUCCUGCAUGUGGAAAAGUCUCAGGAUUAA